AAGUACCACCCGGAAGCGGAAACCAGCCCGCCGCGGGCGCAGGCGGGAGAAGGGAGAGGAGUGACUUCCGUUUGUCGGAAGUCGCUCCGCCCCCUUCCUUCGUUUCCUCUUUUGGGGAUUGGUUCCUGGCGCUCAGGACCCGCCUCCUCCGGCCACGCCUCCCGUGGUCGCUUUUCCCGCCUCCGCCGGGGCGAAGCUGCGGAGCGGUGACAGUUGAGGAUGGCCGGAGCCGAGGGUCCGGCGGGGCGGCAGUCAGAGCUGGAGCCCGUAGUGUCGCUGGUCGACGUGCUUGAGGAGGAUGAGGAAUUGGAGAAUGAGGCGUGCGCCGUAUUGGGCGGCAGCGACUCCGAGAAGUGCUCCUACUCGCAGAGCUCAGUAAAGAGACAGGCACUAUAUGCCUGUAGUACCUGCACCCCUGAGGGAGAAGAACCAGCAGGAAUUUGCCUAGCUUGCAGUUAUGAAUGUCAUGGAAGUCAUAAAUUAUUUGAGCUAUACACAAAAAGAAAUUUUCGUUGUGAUUGUGGAAACAGCAAAUUUAAAAACUUGGAGUGCAAAUUAUUUCCUGACAAAGCAAAGAUAAAUUCUGGCAAUAAGUAUAAUGACAACUUUUUUGGAUUGUACUGCAUUUGUAAGAGACCUUAUCCUGAUCCUGAAGAUGAGAUUCCAGAUGAGAUGAUCCAGUGUGUAGUCUGUGAAGACUGGUUCCACGGAAGGCAUCUUGGUGCCAUUCCCCCUGAGAGUGGGGAUUUCCAGGAGAUGGUGUGCCAGGCCUGUAUGAAACGCUGCUCUUUCUUGUGGGCUUAUGCUGCACAAUUGGCAGUAACCAAAGUGUCUGCCGAGGAUGAUGGGUUGGCGCUGAAUGUGGAUGGAAUAGGUGAUCAGGAAGUUAUCAAACCUGAAAAUGGAGAUCAUCAAGAUAGUACCCUCAAAGAGGAUGUUCCGCAACAUGCAAAGGAUGCUGUCAAGGAAGUUAAAGCAGAGGAAACUAAUGAACCAUGUACCAGCUCUAGUUCUGAAUCUGAUUUCCAGACAGUGUUUAAGAAUCAACGUCUCACCACAUUAGAAUCACAGUCUGGCUGCAAACUUCAGGAGCUUAAAGCUAAGCAUUUUAUAAAGAAAGACACUGCCACCUAUUGGCCCCUGAACUGGCGUAGCAAGUUAUGUACCUGUAAAGACUGUAUGAAAAUGUAUGGAGAGCUAGAUGUCCUGUUCCUGACAGAUGAAUAUGACACGGUUCUGGCUUAUGAAAACAAGGGCAAGGUUGACCAGGCGGCUGACAGGACAGAUCCUUUAAUGGACACACUUAACAGCAUGAACAGAGUCCAACAAGUGGAACUUAUUUGUGAAUAUAAUGACUUGAAGACUGAACUUAAAGAUUAUCUCAGGAGGUUUGCUGAUGAAGGCACGGUUGUGAAGAGAGAGGACAUCCAGCAGUUCUUUGAAGAGUUUCAGUCAAAAAAGAGAAGAAGAGUGGAUGGGAUGCAGUAUUACUGCAGCUAGAGGGGAGCGCGGAGCCUUCUCGCCCCGCCCCGCCGCUGGAAGUGCGCUCCUGUCCCCGGAAUAAAGCCUGUUCACAUUUGCUGCUCCUCCAUCUCCUUGGAGAGGCCUCUUCCUCUGACCUUGAGCUUCCUUCACUCCUUAACUGCGGUAGCCACAGUGUUUAUGCUGAUUUCACAACCAGCGUUCUUUCUGACUCAGCUAAAAGCAACUCAUUCCACAGACUUCAGCCCCCACCAUACCCCCAGUCUAUCCAGGGUUUUUUGCUUCUAAGUUUUAAGAAGUUUGAUUUGGUUUUGAGAAAGUAAACUAGUUUCUUUUCUAAUGUUUUGGUCUUUAACUCCCAAAUGUGUCUACUCUGCCACAGAGCUGUUGUCUUCCAGGACCUGCUUUGGGGGCAUCUUCCUGCCAGCUGGAACCUCUAGGUCCCCUCACCCCUACGAUCGUGGUGCCUUGGGUCAAAGCUUCCUCAAACCUGGUCUGCGCCUUCUCCCACAUUCCGCCUUUCUGAGGUUUGGUCGUGGCUUACAAGGGAUCUCAGAACUUGUUUCCUCUGGGCCCAGCCUCUGGAGUAGCCAGGACUGAUGGUUUUGUGGCCUGGAUAUCUGUUACAGGCAGGAGAUUGGCUGAUGGCAGGAUUGGGGAAGCCAACCUUUGAUAGGAAUUUUACUAAUACAUUUAAAGUGAAAAUUUCGUUCACAAUUCUACUGGCACUAGCAUAUUAGAAUUCCAGUGCUGUGGUGCUCACAGGGCUUCCCAAGAAAAUGUGCCAGUACAGUAGUCCCUCUUCUGCUGCCUAGAAACUAGACCGGCACUACCCUGUGAAAUCUCGGUGGUUUACAAAGUCCUCUGGAUUUCUUUAUAUUAUCAGGGAUAUUCAUAAGCAUAUAUUAAAAACAAACCUAUUUUGAUAUUGUUCUGUUAUGAAAAUGUUAUUAGAACCCCAGUAAAUUAUUUCCCCCUUUAAAUUGUUCUCACGGAAAAAAGAUACUGGCUUAGCUUACUUGUAGUGAGCAGGGCAGUGAGUGCCCCAUUGUGGAAGAGGCUGACUGUGUGGAAGGUUCCAAACAAGGCCCUAGGCUGCGCGAAUGAUGAGCUUUAUGUAUAUAGGCUUUACUGCCCAUAGCUGGUUCCUUCAUGUCUAUGAGAUCUUUUGAAGAACCUCAUGGAAUGUUGUAUAAAACCCCAUAUUUGAGGGGAAGAUCUUUCAGUUGGUUUGAAAUCUUUAAAGCCCCUCAGGCUAUGUGGAAAACACCCUUUGAUAAACGGAGUUGCUCUCUCCCUCGAGGCACAAGGUGUGUCCUGACAAUAGAUGACACACUUUGAGGUAUGUGACUAUAACCAUUUGAGGCUUUCAGGCUACAAGUGUUUAUUAAUAUUCCUUUUGUUCAGCAACCACGUAGACGAAUCCCACUGAUCCCUGGAUGAGAUGAACGAGAACUACAGAAAGUCAAGGCCUUAAAGAAAUGGUCCGUCCCAUGUUUUUCUGCAUCCCACCUAAGGACAGAUCCUCCUGAAGUGAAGUGCGGAGCUGGAGGUCUUAUGACCACAGGAGAUGCUGUGUGGCCUGGGCUGGCCUUGUAGGGAAAGGGUAACUGGGCUAGAUUGGAAAGCUCAGGGCAUACUUGAGGUUGCUUCCAGUCCCCAGCUUGGGAAUUCUUCCAAGUCAGGAUUUCUGCACCCCCUCUGCAAGGUUGUGUAAGUAGUGGACCAUUCUAGCCUGAAAGUUUUUAUCUUCCCAAAUGUUUAACUACCAGGAAGUUCCUUACUUAUGACAGGUCAGGACCAGGUCUCAGAAGUGAUGCAUUACUGUGCAACACAAUCAGAUCACCCAGUGCUGAAGGGCUUGUUUUCUGAAAGGCCAGUUCCUCCUUUUACAUUAACCAGAAAACCUCUUUUUAUACCUAUUCACAACUAGUUUUCUUGACUAUUGGACCUUCUCGUAGAGACCGAUUUUGGCCAACAUGUGGCAAUUAAUGCAUGUUUUAUGCAAAAGAAGAGUAUAUUAGUUGCUUUGAAGGAAUUCCGGCAUUGUAUGACCUUUUUUGUAGAAUUGUUACUGGACUUAAAUUACAUACUAAACUCCAAUCAGGUUUCUGUAAAAUUAAAUAAAACCAAUUCAAAAUA